GAGAGAGAAUCUGAACCUCAUCUCAUCAAUCAUUCUGUAUCGCCCAUAGAUUCUCUCGAGUUCUCAAGCAGCUCAAGUCGGACAGGUAUGGACGACUAUAAUUGCAAGUGACUUUUGAGACCAUAUUGGCAUCUUAUGGUGCCUUUUAUCAUCCCAGUCCUCUCACUGAUCGUAAAUUUCAUCUUGGUUGGGUGAUCGUGAUGUCGUCAGACCCUAGGCUGACUCGGGCUGGCUCUCGAACUGCUACCCCGACUCACCCGCCUCCCCCUCCGCCCCCUGUAGGGCCUGCACCAAUUGUAUCAUCCGACGGAGGGGUUGAUGGCACGCGCAUUGAUGGCAGCCAGCCUGUUGAUGCGAGCGGGCAAGACAAUUUCAAGCUGAAGUUUUGCACUGUCUGUGCAAGCAAUCAGAACAGAUCGAUGGAGGCACAUUUGCGACUUUCAGCAGCGCAUUAUCCGGUCGUGUCAUUUGGGACAGGCUCGCUAGUCCGUCUACCAGGCCCUACCAUCACACAACCGAACGUAUACGCGUUCAAUACAACAAGCUACGAUAGCAUGUACAAGGAAUUGGAAGGCAAAGAUCCGCGCUUGUAUCGGGCCAAUGGGCUAUUGAAUAUGUUGGAGCGCAAUCGAGGUGUCAAGUGGGGGCCCGAACGAUGGCAGGACUGGCGAAUCGGUGUGCCUCGACUGAAUCACCAGCAGGACAGGGGCAGCAUCGGCGUAGAGGGUGGAGUGGUUGACAUUGUCAUUACUUGCGAGGAAAGAUGCUUUGAUGCUGUCGUCGAUGACCUUCUCAACCGCGGCUCCCCUCUCAACCGGCCGGUGCACGUGUUCAAUGUGGAUAUCAGAGACAAUCACGAAGAAGCACUGGUCGGUGGCAAGGCUAUUCUGGAUCUUGCAGAUUCUCUGAAUCGUGCAGCUGCUGAGGAGCGUAUUAUUCACGGAGAUAGUGGAUGGGAAGAAGGCAAUGGUGCGAGCCGCACAAACUUUGAUGAACGAGUGCCCGAGAUUCUCGGAGAUUGGCAAGAACGAUGGCCGCAAAUGCCUGCACUCUGGACGUUAGCAUGGUUCUGAGAUACCUAUUUUCUAUCGGGUGCAUUAAUGAUUUGCUUGCUCCCCUCUGUCCAGACUUGGGAUGCAUCGGUCCGGGCGUCUGGCGUUUUUAAAAACAUGUUGUAGCAAAUCUCUCUCAUAGUCUGCUUUAGGGUCAGGUGUCCCUCGUUCGGAAGAUGAUCACUGAUUAGGUCGCCUGGGACGAGCGGCUACGGCUAU